UGGCUUUCUGUUCGACUAUCUUAGCCAGAGGUCAAAGCAUGAGCUUUGUCUCAACCUGGGUUAAUUUGCUAACCUCCAUGCGGAGAUGGCGCGCUCGGUGAUCUGUCCCUUGCCGAAGUUGUCUCUGUUUCUGUCAUAGUGCUUGCCGCAAACGACUCUCUGUCACAUUCAUAUUUUCCCGUAUAUACGUGAACUGGUAUCGGGCCUCGCAGUUGAGACUGUCCAGCAGUUUUUGUACAAUCUGUCUACCUCUUGUCGACGGGUCAGACGUUCUUAACUGAUCUUUUCAAGAUCGACAUGGAAGUUCAGUUGAAGACGAACAUGAAGGGAUUUACAGGAUUAUGUGGCACAGUACGUGCACAGUCACAUCAACCCAAUGUGAAAGUGAGUGAUAGGAACUGAAGAGAUGGCCUUCACGAGUGCCAAGAGAUAAAGUUCUGCUGGAGUAAUUCUUCCUCGUCGUUUAUUUUGUUUCAGCACAGGGUGAAGACAGGAAGGAGAAGAUAUGAUUGAAGUUAAUUAAUGCCAAGAGGGUACAGAUUAUUGCACUUGUGUGUCGCUGCAAGGAGGGCAGUGUUGCCCAAAAUGCCUGUUCCGUCUCCACUCAAUUCGGCUGUGGGAGCCCUUUGCUGCACGAUUUCCGAUUCGCAAGUACGAGCCUUGUCAUUUUGCCGCAUUAAAGCUUUCCAGGUUUAUCACUCAGACGGGUCAGCACGCAUCUCUUCACAUUUUAACUGUGGGGCUUCCAAUUCAUGUUCCGAAAGCAGUUUCCUAUAUUCUAGCGAAAAUUCACAUUUCCGGACUCGUCCAUCCUCUCAACUUUUCACAGUCCAACGCCCAAACCAUGAGGUCGAUCUUAUAGAAAGUGGACGUUUGGCUCCAGAAGGACGUGGACGAAAGGAACGAUUCAGUGUUUCAUUGUUUGAAAAGGUUCAUCAGGAGCGAAGGCGUAAUUUGAGCAGUGUACUGAAAGCGUCCUUCUCUUCAAGGGAUUUCUCGUUGGAUAGUCGUUUUCCUUCAAGGCAUUUGACGGGCUGUACUCCGCCAUUCACUUUACCCAGUCUGCCGCGUCUUCAUAGUCUAGAGAGAUCUCUACUCCCAGGGUCUCUGCCUCAAAAUGUACAGAGGAAAAAUUAUGCGACGCUGCGCAUGGGAACGGUCUCUAGCAAAAUACCAAUGGAAACCAGCUGGAAGCUGGGUGCAGAGAGUACCCAGUCAAGCCGGAGCUCUGAGAAAGAGACGGAUGUCAUAACCGGGGUCACUUUACCUUACGAGGACGGAGUAGAAUUGAAUGGAGGUGGUUGCGCAGAAACUUGUGAGUCUGAUGGUUUUAUUGAAGGAGUGUUGGCAGAUAGAGUUCGCGUCUCUGCGGAGAGGAGGCGUCGGGCCACAUCCAGCACGAGCCGCCCUGGACCAGAAUGGAGAGAUCUCCUGACAGUUCCUGGAAUUGGUCGUCGGAACAUGGAGAAGCUGGUAGCCAAAGGGAUCUUCAAACUGGACGAGCUGAAGCAGCUGUACCGUGACAAGUACAGGAGUCACGGCACAGAGAAAAUGGUGGAGUUUCUGCGGAGCUCUGUUGGUGUGCAGAAACACCAUGCGGCAAGUAUCACAGACUUUAUCAAGACAUCUGUAGAAGCUGAGGACGGUAUGGCAGAAAGUGGACGUGGAUUAAAAAAGAGGCUUACUUUUUGCGUGGAGGGCAACAUUAGUGUCGGCAAAACUACCUUUUUGCAAAGGAUAGCCAAUGAGACAAUUGAAUUGCGAGACCUUGUCGAAAUCGUACCUGAACCUAUCUCAAAGUGGCAAGAUGUUGGUCCAGAUCAUUUCAACAUCUUGGACGCAUUUUACGGGGAUCCAGAGCGUUAUGCCUACACAUUCCAAAAUUAUGUUUUUGUAACAAGAAUGAUGCAGGAGCGUGAGUCGGCUGUUGGCGAAAAGAGGUUGCGCUUAAUGGAGAGAAGCGUAUUCAGUGAUAGAAUGGUUUUCGUUCGUGCAGUUCAUGAAGCAAAGUGGAUGAGUGAUGCAGAAAUUAGCAUAUAUGAUUCAUGGUUUGAUCCAGUGGUGUCCGCGAUGCCAGGGCUUAUUCCUGAUGCUUUUAUUUACCUACGGGCAACUCCUGAUACUUGCCACCGUCGCCUGCAAUCGAGGAAGAGGAAAGAGGAGGAUACAGUCACAUUGGAUUACUUGAGAGAUCUACACGAGAAACAUGAACAGUGGCUGCUCCCUGCCGAACAUAGAGGAAGCAAUCUGCUGUCUGUUAGCGAUUGGGCAUCGGAGCAUAGGGUGCCCCUUUCUCCUCGCCUGAAAGAUCGGGUUUUGUAUCUGAGAGGUGAAAAUGUGCACUCAUCAAUACAAAAGGUUCCAGCACUGAUUUUGGAUUGUGAACCUAGCAUCGACUUUAGUAAGGAUAUUGAGGCCAAAGCAGAGUAUGCACGUCAAGUGGCAGAAUUUUUCGAGUAUGUCCAAGGCUUGAAAAAUGGGCAGUUAGAAGCACAAAGUGGUUUAGGCUCUAUUGUUUUACCUCGAUCUGGCGUUUUGCUUGGACCUGACGGGAACGUUUUGAGAUCCAGUUCAGUAGAUGGUGUAGACUUGCGAAGGCACGUCUCUUCGGCUCGUUCAUGAGCCAUCAGUUGUCACUUGGUUCUGCUCAUAGACCACGAGGUUGUUGCGUUAGAUUUAGAAGACCACUAUAGUAUAAACUGCUAUGGUUUCAAAACGCCAGGAAUCAGCUGUGGACUGUGUUGUGGCGAUAAAGUCUUUUUCGAUGGAAGCUACAGCAAUUGUUCAUCUCUUUACCCUGGAAGCGGGGUCUUUGUAUUAUAGUUUGGAAGUUAACCUGGCUGAUAUUUAUUCUUCAGAGGUUAGUUCUACGGUUAAGGGUACCCCUUGUUGCAUGAUAUCUAGCCUGUCCACUUUGAAGGAUGUU